AUGAUCGAAGAAGUGCCCCAACAAUUCACACAGAGUGCGCUCGAUGUGCCGUGCGCCGCUAGUUCUGAGCUCCAAAACAGCUCCGACAUCGGCUCAGGGCUCAUCCUCCAGCACAAACUAUCAGAGCAAAAAGAUACCUACGACGCUCACCAAAUCGAUUCCGGCUACCUCGAUCCAUCAGACAUCGAGGAGACCGAAGAAGAAGAAGACGAACUAUCUGAGAUUGAAAACGAACACAUCCAGAGAGUCUUCGUUCCACGAGAAACUGAACACAAAUUGAAGAGAAGACGAAAUUUACUCGUCACAAAGCUCCAUCAUCUCCGAAAAGAUCUCAACAUCCUUGUCAUCGGCCCCGAUAACGCCGGCAAAACAUCGCUCAUCAACUCCCUGGGUUACAUGAUCAACCAGGACGACAAAGGAAACCUCAAAUGGAGAAACUUUGCUGACUACGAUCUCGGCAGAACUUUCAAAUACAAGGCAGCUCGCGUAUGGCCUCUUGAAAAACAGAAGGUGCGCAACUCGCCCCAAGUCGCUCCAAAGAAGAAUUUGACAUUCUACGAAGCUUCAGGCCUCCAGAAGUGCGGAGAUGUGGAGAAAUCCUCCACCAUUCUCCAGUACUUUCUUGAAGGAAGAAUCACCCCUGGACUUCUCACUUUGUUCCUGUUGAUGACCACCGACGACAUCACUGCUCGAUACUGCGAUCUUUCCACCGAUCCUCGAGUCCUCGAAAGUCGCCGAGUCCACGCGAUUGUCCACUGCACUGCCGCUGAUCAGCCACCCAACAACGAUCUUAUCAAACUUGUGCAGGCGGCGAUGGCUAAGUCGAAAGAUCCGCGCGUCAAAAAAAUGCCAAUUUUGACCUGCGUUACGAGUCCCCACGGCGAAGUAAAACAAGUCCCUGUUUACGAGACUUCAUCAUAUGACAUGUCUGCCCAAGUGCGCAGCAACUCCGUCUCUGGACCCAGCUCUGGCAUGCGCCGAAACUCCUCGACCGGACGCCUCACCGGCGGCCACAAGAGCUCCUUCGGCGCGGCGAACCUCUGCGAGCCUCGAGUUUGCCGAGAAGUCACUUACUACGCGCCAGACUACAAUCCAGUGACAGAUGAGUCCGAAACCGACAACAUACAGCCCGACAACGACAUCAACAACGGGCUUCUGCGACUGUUCGAUGACAUCCUCCGCGUUUCCCAACGAGACAACACCAAGGGACGCGGCCGCCGACUGGUGAAUAUGAUUGUUGAGCUUUUCAAUUGA